ACUUCCCGGGUCAAAGCCCCUCCACGGCCCCAGAGCAGCCGCCGCCGCCUGCGGAGGGAGCAGGGGGGUUUAUCCGGAGCCCCGGACCGAGAGCGAGUGUCUGAGCAACAUCCGCGAGUUCCUGCGCGGCUGCGGCGCCUCCCUCCGCCUGGAGACUUUUGACGCAAAUGAUCUGUAUCAGGGACAGAACUUCAGCAAGGUUCUCAGCUCCCUAGUUGCUCUAAAUAAAGUAACUGCAGGCCAAGAUUUUCAAACUUGGGUGCUUAAGACUGGACACCUAAAUCCACAUUUAGACAUUGGGCUAGGAAGUGAUUCCGUAUGUGCACGGCCCUCAUCUCAUCGGAUAAAAUCUUUUGAUUCCCUUGGAUCCCAGUCUUUGCACAGUAGAACUUCAAAACUCUUUCAGGGACAGUAUCGAAGUUUGGACAUGACCGAUAACAGCAAUCAUCAGCUGGUGGUGAGAGCAAAAUUCAGUUUUCAACAGACCAAUGAAGAUGAACUUUCUUUUGCAAAAGGAGACAUUAUUCAUGUCACGAGAGUGGAAGAAGGAGGCUGGUGGGAAGGGACUCACAAUGGCAAAACAGGAUGGUUUCCUAGUAACUAUGUCCGAGAAAUAAAAUCAAAUGAAAAACCAGUCUCCCCCAAAUCAGGAACACUGAAGAGUCCUCCCAAAGGUUUUGAUACGUCUGCAAUUAGCAAAAGCUAUUAUAAUGUGGUGCUACAAAAUAUUUUAGAAACAGAAAAUGAAUAUGCUAAGGAACUACAGACAAUGCUUUCAAACUACUUGCGACCGUUACAAGUCAGUGAAAAAUUAAACUCUGCGAAUACUUCAUAUUUAAUGGGAAACCUGGAAGAAAUCAGUUCUUACCAGCAAAUGCUUGUACAGUCAUUAGAAGAAUGCACCAAGUUGCCUGAAGCUCAGCAAAGGGUCGGAGGAUGCUUUCUAAAUUUAAUGCCACAAAUGAAAAACUUAUACCUUGCAUACUGUGCCAACCACCCGUCAGCAGUAAAUGUGCUCACAGAACACAGUGAGGAACUAGGAGAAUUUAUGGAAAUGAAAGGUGCCAACAGCCCUGGGAUCCUUGUAUUGACCACUGGCCUCAGCAAACCUUUCAUGCGCCUGGAUAAAUACCCCACGUUACUCAAAGAGCUUGAAAGGCACAUGGAGGAUUAUCAUCCCGAUCGACCAGACAUUCAGAAAUCCAUGACAGCCUUCAAAAACCUUUCUGCACAAUGUCAAGAAGUACGGAAAAGAAAAGAACUUGAACUCCAAAUACUGACAGAAGCCAUCCGCUGCUGGGAGGGAGAGGACAUUAAAACACUGGGCAAUGUAAUUUACAUGUCCCAGGUCAUGAUUCAGUGUGCUGGAAGUGAGGAAAAGAAUGAAAGAUAUCUUCUUCUGUUCCCUAAUAUUUUGCUUAUGUUGUCUGCCAGCCCUAGGAUGAGUGGGUUUAUCUAUCAGGGAAAACUGCCAAUGACAGGAAUGACCAUCACAAAGCUAGAAGACAGUGAAAAUCACAAAAAUGCAUUUGAAAUAGCAGGAAAUAUGAUUGAGCGGAUAUUAGUAUCAUGUAACAACCAACAAGAUUUGCAUGAAUGGGUGGAUCAUUUGCAGAAGCAAACCAAAGUUACAACUGUUGGGAAUCCCACUAUUAAACCUCAUUCUGUGCCAUCUCACACCCUUCCUUCUCAUCCAGUAACACCAUCCAGCAAACAUUCAGACAGCAAACCAAUACCACUGACUCCUGCAUACCACACGCUUCCACAUCUUUCACAUCAUGGGACUCCACAUACCACUAUAAACUGGGGACCUCUGGAACCUCCUAAAACUCCCAAACCUUGGAGCUUGAGCUGUUUACGACCUGCACCUCCACUACGGCCAUCAGCAGCUCUCUGUUAUAAAGAGGAUCUCAGUAAAAGCCCUAAAACCAUGAAAAAGCUGCUUCCCAAGCGUAAGCCUGAACGGAAGCCAUCAGACGAAGAGUUUGCACUGAGAAAAAGUACAGCUGCAUUGGAAGAAGAUGCUCAGAUUCUUAAGGUCAUUGAAGCGUACUGCACAAGUGCCAAAACGCGCCAAACACUAAAUUCAAGUUCCCGUAAAGAGUCUGCUCCCCAAGUGUUGCUUCCAGAGGAAGAGAAAAUUAUUGUAGAAGAAACAAAAAGCAAUGGUCAGACUGUGAUCGAAGAAAAAAGCCUUGUUGACACAGUAUAUGCAUUAAAGGAUGAAGUACAGGAAUUAAGACAGGAUAACAAAAAGAUGAAGAAAUCUUUAGAAGAAGAGCAAAGAGCUCGCAAGGACCUGGAAAAGCUUGUUAGGAAAGUGUUAAAGAAUAUGAAUGAUCCUUCUUGGGAUGAAACCAAUUUAUAA